AUGACGCCACCUCCAAGUUACCACACAAACAGCUUGCGCAAAUAUCGCGUGGCCGCGAUCUUCUUCGGCCUCCUCUUCUUCAACCUCGUCUUCUUUAACCAAACCUACAUCAUUUCACAAUCUUUCGACAGUAACAUUUUUACCAUAAAAUAUCUUCACCCUAGAGAACCGGCCACAAACUUGAGCCAUUUGAUGUUCGUUCUAGUCGGGGGAUCACGUACGUGGAAGGAUCGAAGAGUUUACGUAGAAUCAUGGUGGAGACCAAAUGUAACACGUGGUAAUAUAUUCUUUGACGUGGAGCCGUCGAAAGAGUCCCAGCCUUGGUCUCGGACCCUGCCGCCGUUAAAAGUCAGCGAAGACAUAAAGAAACUCAAAAUUUACCCGAAGCUUGCAAACCGAGUUCACACUCGGAUCUAUCGAUCAAUUCUCGAGAAUUAUAGGCUUAAACAAGACCAGGAUGUGAGAUGGUAUGUGACGGGUGAUGAUGAUAGUGUUUUCUUCGUAGACAACAUGGUGGACGUGUUGUCAAAAUACGACCACACGGAAAAACAUUACAUCGGAAUGUUCUCGGAGACGAUAAGAUCAAAUUUUCAAAUCUCGUUUGACAUGGCAUUCGGAGGAGGAGGAUAUGCUCUAAGUUAUCCUCUAGUAGAGGCUUUAGUGUUAGAAUUGGAUGAAUGUAUUAAGAGGUACCAUUACGUUUGGGGAGUGGAUCAUUUACAGAGUUUGUGUUUGGCUGAUCUGGGCGUUGAUCUUACCCUCGAUAAAGGAUUUCAUCAGCUGGAUCUGCGCGGUGACUUAUCAGGCUUCCUCUCGUCCCAUCCAACGGCUCCUCUUCUCAGCUUCCACCAUUUCGGAUCCCUCGAACCAAUUUUCCCUGGCAUGGACCGUCCCGGCUCAGUACGUCACAUCAUGAAAGCGGCAAACGUGGACCAAUCACGGAUGUUACAACAGUCGAUAUGCCACGUGAGAGCCAAUAACUGGACCAUCUCGGUCUCGUGGGGAUACUCUGUUCAUGUCUAUGAGAAGAUAUUCCCACGAAGCCACCUAAAGCUUCCUAUCGAGACAUUUCGUCCCUGGCUCCCAGGAAGACGGCCUCCGUUUUACAUGUUUAACACGAGACGGGUGUCUCGAGACCCAUGUGAAGCUCCUCACUGGUUCUUCUUCGAUUCGAUUGAGAAAGAGAAGGGAGGAGUUGUUACUUCCUACACAAGGAAGUUUCCUAGAAAUAUGGCUUCUUGUUCCUUCUCUGGUAAUGUUUCUGCGGAUCCACUCGCUUCGAUCCGUGUCUUCUCUCCUCAAACUCCCAAACGGGUUAGUUUAUUUUGCUGUUAG